AUGUCGACCUUCACUAUCCCAGAAACAAAUGUCUCCGUCCAACUUUGCGCGGGGCUUACAAGAGACCAACUCCUCGAAUUCCCACCGUUCAAGGGCUGGCUCCAAAGACUCCAAACCAACUUGUCCCUCCAACAUAGCAGCCCCUCCCACGAAUUCCACACCGACCCAUAUAUUCUCCGCCACAUAGAGAUACAAUGCAAUGACCGAUUCGCCCAUAACCGUCUCGGUUUUAUAAAACUCACCGCAACGAUCUCCAACAAUGGAGGCGAAAACUUGCCGGGCGCAGUAUUCCUCCGCGGGCCUAGCGUAGCCAUGAUGGUCCUGCUACAACCGGAUGACCUACCCUCCGACUCGCAGGAGGAGAAACACGUUUUGCUGACGGUACAGCCGCGGGUUGCGGCCGGUGGGUUGCAAUUCGUGGAGUUACCUGCGGGGAUGGUGGAUGGCGGGACAUUUAAGGGAAGCGCAGCGCAGGAGAUACAAGAGGAGUUAGGUCUAGAUAUACCGGAGGAUGAGCUGAUAAAUUUAUCGGAGUUGGCGAUUCCGGAGGCGAAGAUUGAGGGCGCUGGGAGGGCAGAGGACAUGCCUCGGGCGGUGUUCCCUAGUGCUGGAGGCUGCGAUGAAUAUAUCCCGCUGUUUUUGCAUGAGAAAAGGGUGCCGAGGUUGCAGUUGAGGGAAUGGACAGGGAGAUUAACGGGAUUGAGAAGUGAAGGAGAAAAAAUUACUUUGAAGUUGGUUAGAGUGGAAGAUUUGUGGCGGGAAGGGGCCAGGGAUGCGAAGGCAUUGAGUGCGUUGGCCCUUUGGGAGGGGUUAAGGCGGGAUGGGAAAUUAUAA